AAAAUAUUGAUUUGUAUGUUGGUGGCUUAUUGGAAGAUCCACUAGAAGGUGCUUUUAUUGGACCUACUCUAGCUUGUAUCAUUUCAGAGCAAUUUCGAAGAUUACGAAACGGUGAUAGAUUUUAUUAUGAAAAUCCUGAAAUUCUGACAAGUUUUCAAAUUGAUGAAAUCAAAAAACUCAGUCUUGCACGAAUAAUUUGCGAUGCAGGUGAAAAUAUCCGACAGAUACCGUUACAAGCAUUUAAUCAAAGCGGAGCACUUGACCUCGUAUCAUGCGACAGGAUAUCGUCCCCUAAUUGGAAUCUUUGGAAAGAUGAUCAAAAAUAA